GAGCGGGCAGCAGAGCCACAGACGAAGUGAUAUCCCUACGAGUGUGAUCCAGUGUAGUGCUUGUGUGUGUGUGAGCAGGGAGUGAGUGAAGCGCGUGCGUGUCUAGCUAGGCGGCCAUGGCACAGUCGAUGCUCAUGUCCAGCGUCAACGGCGUGGCCUCCUCCGGCAGGAGCCUGCUGCAGGCGGCCCGGCCGGCGGCGACGCCCUUCUCGCGGCUCGCGCUGCCGGCCUCGCCGUCCUACUACAAGCACAUGCCGUCGCUCUCCGUCAGGACCAUGGCCAUCUUCGGCAAGUCCAAGGCCAAAGCCGCGCCGGCCAAGAAGGUUGCUGCGCCGAAGCCCAAGACCGAGGACGGCAUCUUCGGCACGUCCGGUGGGAUUGGCUUCACGAAGGAGAACGAGCUGUUCGUCGGCCGUGUUGCCAUGAUUGGGUUUGCCGCGUCGAUUUUGGGAGAAGCCAUCACCGGCAAGGGCAUCCUGUCCCAGCUGAACCUUGAGACCGGCAUCCCGAUCUACGAGGCGGAGCCCCUCCUCCUCUUCUUCAUCCUCUUCACUCUCCUGGGCGCCAUCGGCGCGCUCGGCGACCGUGGCAAGUUCGUCGACGAGCAGCCCACCGGCCUCGACAAGGCCGUCAUAGCCCCCGGCAAAGGCUUCCGCUCCGCCCUCGGCCUCAGCGAGGGAGGGCCGCUGUUUGGGUUCACCAAGUCGAACGAGCUGUUCGUGGGGCGGCUGGCGCAGCUGGGGAUCGCCUUCUCCAUCAUCGGGGAGAUCAUCACGGGGAAGGGCGCGCUGGCGCAGCUCAACAUCGAGACCGGCGUGCCCAUCAGCGAGAUCGAGCCGCUCGUCCUCUUCAACGUCGUCUUCUUCUUCGUCGCCGCCAUCAACCCCGGCACCGGCAAGUUCAUCAGCGGCGAGGAGGACGACUAGAUCGAUCGGUCGCGAUUGUUUUUGCCAUGAAUUAAUUUCUACGUCGGUCCAGUGUGCGUGCUUUGCUGUGUACGUGUGAGACCUUUGGAGUGUAGGCCAGUGUAAGUUGGUAUGCAUUACGAAAAACACAGAGCUAGCUAAUUUGUGGGUUCACGCUUGCUACA